AUGAGUGCACAUGAAUAUGAUAAUGUGGAUCCAUCUGUGGAGAAAUACUUAGAAAAGGGGACUUUACCAAAUUUAGAUGUAGAUUGGUUAAUCGGUGGAAAAAAUGUACAAAAUGAUGUUUUGCAUAAUGAUAGAAGUAACGAAGGUCAUUUAGAGACAAUCGGUAGUUCUCCAAAAUCCGAAGUAGGAAAUACUAGAGGGUCUGAGAAUUCUAGACCUGCUCGUGAAGAAAAUAUUCCAAUAAGAAAAGUAAAUUCAAUCCCAGUGAAAGGAACAAGUUAUAUGCAUGCUAAUGGGGAUACUUUACGUAGGUCAGUAACGGCAAGUAAACCUAUGGAGGAACAGAAACAUCAUGGGUUUUUUUCGUCUCUUUUUAGAAGUUCUAGUAAACAUAGACAAGAGAAAGAAAGGAGUAUGCCACCUUCACUGGAGAUGCAAACCCCAACUAGCCAUACUACUCAUUCAGAGCAUCACUCUGUGUCCUCUGCCACUAUGAGUCCCAGCAACCACAAUGAAGUUCAUAUAGAAAGCUCGGCAAAUAAAAUGUCUUUCAAUGAGACAUCGGAAUCUCGGUAUGUUCAUCCUAGGAAUAAAAAGCUGGAGGAAUUCAUUGAAUAUUAUAAGAAAAAUGGGUUUUCUGUGUCAGCUUUUAAAAAUCAAAAUUAUGUUGAUUCACAGGAUUCACAGGAUUCUGACAUUAAUAAAAGUCACCAAGAUUCGCCUAGUAAACCUAAUUCAGCGGUAGACGCAAGGGGUAGACAAAUUCCAGCUCAUCCGAAGCGUUCUAAAUUCCCCCCUGCCAUCAAACUUUCGAGUCUAAGGAGAUUAGAAGAUAACUCAAUAUCUGAAGAAGAACUUAAUCGCAUGCAACAGCAAGAACACCCUGCCGGUACAUCCAUCUCAAACUCAAGCAGAUUCGGUUCAUUUCUUUCCCGAGUAACCUCUCACGGAAAUGCAGGUGCUGUUGGUUCUAGUCAAUCAUUGGCUUCGAAGCAAUCUAACACAGCUUUAUCAAAUAUUGAAAGUACUCGGGAACUGCAGACAAGUGUUGCAAAACAAAACAGGAAAAAAGAUACCAAACUUGUUGUACCAGGCUUAGAAAAAGUUGAACCUUUGAAAUUUGUUGCAUUUGCCCAAAAUACAUACUUUAAUGAUCCUCCUCAACAAAUUUCUAGCAAGAAUCCUAGACCAGGUGAGGUUGAAGUAAAACCAGAUGGUUCGGUUAUUAUUCAUAGGUUAACGCCAGAAGAGAGGCGAGAGGUAUCAUCAUCUUUCAGUCCAGGUAUGGUUAUAGGUGGUACUGGGAGGUUACAUCUUUUAUCAGAAUUUGAACCCCCAGCAUCCGACGACAAUACUCAACCCGAAACUGCUAUCCAGGGUAAUAAUGAACAGCUUGACAAGCACAAGCAACCUAAUGAAGUAGCAAGCCAUGAUGAACAUACCCAGGUUGCAUCAAAAGAAGCUUCUGAAAGAGCAAAGGUGGCUAGAAAUGAUAGUGAUAAUGAGGAUGAAGGUGAAGUUGAAAUUAGUGACAUGGCUUCUAAGUUAAAAAUUGAUAAACAAUUAGUUCACGCGCCCGCUUCAGAUGCAGCUGACUACGAACUUAAAAUUGAGGACGUUGACGAUACACCAUAUCCACCAAAUGAGGACAUACCACAUGACGAAGUAUAUACAAGAUGUUGUCACUUACGUGAAAUUUUACCAAUUCCAGCUACCAUGAGACAAAUAAAAAAAGGCUCGACAUCACCUAUACCUAUUCUAAAGUUACACAAUCCUCAUCCUUCAAUGAUUGAAAUUUUGACAUUCAGUGAUUUUAUUAGAGCAGUCCCAAUUGUUAGUUUAUCCUUGGACGGGGUACAUUUAUCAGUGCAAAUGCUAAGAAUAUUGUUAAGUUCUAUUAUUUUCAAUAAAUCUUUAAUUAAAUUAUCUAUGAGGAAUACCCCAUUAGAUAGCGAAGGUUGGAAGUUAGUUUGUUAUUUUAUUUGUAAUCGUAAAGAAUUAAAAUCUGUUGAUUUAUCAAUGGCACCAAGUAUAAUCACUAGCGCGCAAAAGUUGAAGCAUAACGUAUUAAAAAAAUCCGAUACAAGAAUGAACUACAAUCCAGAGAAUCGUAGUGAAUUAAAUUGGGAUUUAUUGACUGCCUCGAUUGCGAAAAAAGGUGGGCUUGAGGAAAUUAUCAUAGCAGGUGCCCAGAUGUCGUUAGAUCAAUUUGAAAAUUUUAUCGAAGUUGCUUGCAUGGCUACCGAAAGAUUGGGAUUGGCAUUUAAUAAGUUAACGAAAGAACAGUGUGAUUUAUUGUCAAAAUGGCUAGUUCAAAAUAAUGUGACUGGUUUAGAUGUAGGUUUCAAUGAUUUAAGAGGUAAACUGUCCUCGUUUUCCGAUGCCAUAUGGAAUAAAAUCCAGAAUGCAGGUUACCAGGAUGCAUUAAGUUACCUGUCAUUUAAUGGUACUAAUCUUGAAGUGCUUGAUGGGGCAACUAGUAAUGAUAAUGAAGUUUUAAAAUUAAUAACUGUUUUAUGUUACUGUGAAAAUCUUCAGUUUUUAGAUCUUUCUAACAAUCCAAAGAUUUUCCCUGCAUGCUCGCGUACCUUAAUUAAAUGUUUACCGGUGUUUGUUGAUCUGGUUAGGUUACAUCUUGAUUAUAAUAAUAUCCAAAACACAGAAAUAGUCAUGCUUACAGAAAUUUUACCUCUAUGCUCAAAAUUGAAUUAUUUCUCAAUGCUAGGAUCAAAAUUGGAAGUUGCUACUUAUAAACUAUUAAUGGAUGCGGUAAGGAAAAGCAAUUCCAUAAUAACCUUGAACGUUGAUUCUCAAGACUUCUCAGAGGAUUUGACUAAUGAGCUUUCAAUUCUAACACUUAGAAAUCUACAAGAUCAAUUCAAGACUUUAAAUGCUGUCGAUGAAAAAAACGUUCCUCUUCCUAAUCUCCAAGAAGAAUUGGCAAAAAUUUUGACGAAGAGAGGCAAAGAUGAUCCAGAAUUUGAUAAAGAAGUUGAUGACUUCAUAAAUAAUCUAAGCAAUUCGAGGGUAACGAUUAUUAAGGUUGUAAAUGAUUUAUUUAAUCUUCAAGCUAAAGGACAAUUAAACACAGAAGGUAAAGAAACUUUAAUUAGGCUAUGUUUUACAAAUGAUUGUCUUGAAAAAGGUAUUAGAUUAUUAAAAUCAAAAAGAGGGGAACAUGACAUCAACAAACACGAUCUAAGAGGCUCCAACACAGAUUAUUCUCCUACAGAAACUAUGCCUGCUUUAUCGAGUUACUUAAACUUAAAUAAAUUGAACCAUUAUGCACCUUACCAAAGAGAGCUGGUUAGGGAGUUUGAUCCAAGUACAGAGGUUAGUGAGCAAAAAACAAACCUCAUUACUGCUACAACUAGCAAAGUUUAUUCGCAGACUAGUGAAGAAGGUAAAAUUUUCAAGAAAUCAGCUUUAUUGAGCACUCAUGUUGACCACGAAUGUCACGAUUUGGUAGAUGAAGAAUUAGGGGCAAAUACUAAGGAACCUGUUAAUAGUGAUUUAAUUAAGGAUUUGAUUUUAAGAAAUGAUAUAUCGAAUUCUGUAGAUAUCAUUGACGAGUUACACAAGCAUGGCUAUCAUUUACAUGAAAUAUUUAAGAAGAGUCCUGUAAGUGAACAGGGAACGUUAAAGCAUUAUAUUUCUAGAGAACGUAAUGGAUCGAAUUCCGAUUCAACGGAUCCUGAGAACAAAUCUGACCAAAAGGAAAAUCCAAGUAAUUUAAACGGCGAGGACCAAAAAGCGAUCGAUGCUGCUUAUGAUAGUGUGUUAGAUCAAUUUAUAUCUAAGAAGUAA